GUAAUUCUGUUUAUGUCCUACGUAUAGGUUCCUAAAGAAACAUUUUCAUCGUUAUUCAUACUCAACUAGAAGAUGACAGAUCCAGAUAUACCUGGUACCCUGACACCUUCUGAAGAUCCCCAAGAAUCUACAAAAUGGGGAAAACUUGUAGGUCUCAUACCAUGUCUCCAGAAUGUCGAACUUAUAAAUGACAGGUUCAAAGUAGGGAGAUCAACAACUUGUGAUGUUGUAAUAGGAAAUAGCAUAGGACAGGGUAUUAUAGGAAGUAUCAGUAAAGAACAUUUCCUUAUUAUCAAGGAAAGCAGUAAAGUAUAUUUGGUUGACACCAGCAAGAAUGGAACAUACAAAAAUGGCGAACGUAUCAAGAAAAAUGAAAAAACACCAUUGAAAGAUGGGGACAAAAUUGCCAUUGGUUCACAUUCACAUCAUGAUCUAUAUGAAACUACUGUAAGUGUAGGACGAUCUUCAGAUUGUGAUAUUUCACUUAGUAAUGCAAAGAUUGAUCCAAAGAUCAAAGCUAUAUUUAGUAAGCAACAAUUUGUGAUAAACAAAGACUGUGAAAAGGGUGUUACUUUCAUAAAAGACCUAAGUACAUAUGGUACUUAUCUGAAUGGUGUUUGCAUUGGCAAAAAUAAACAAAAUGUAUUACAGAGAGAUGAUGUUAUAGCCAUAGGAAAACCAGAUAGAAAUGGUGAACCAAAGAUUUUUUUGUAA